AUGAAGGAAUAUGGUGUAUACAUGAGUGUGCAAGAUCCUGCGGAAAGUCUUCGGAGUGGAUUCAAUGAUAAAUCUGGGAUCUCAAUUUGGAGUAAAAAGGGACGUCAGGUGAUAGACCUUGACAUGUACUUAUCCUUGGUAAACACCUAUCAGCCUGACUUAUGGCAGGCUCUUGCAGAUACUGAUACUGAGCGUGAAAGCUCCAAAAAGAGGAUCAUGAAGUCCACUCAUAGAACCGUCUCAUACCUGGAGGAUAUAUAUAGAAGAUCAUCGCUCCCAAAGGAGAUGAUGCAAAGACUCCUGGGCACUGUGGUCGGUGGGUACAACACUGAGGAAAGGAGACAGUGUGCUCAAAGUGUUGCUAGACACCCUGUUGCAGGAUUCGUCCUGGAAGGCUUCCACAUGAAUGGAGAGUCUGCCCUUGGUGUCUCCUGGGAAGAACUCCUUGCCCCACUCAUGGCAGCUUUGAAGGAGCUGCCAGAAGAGAAGCCAAGAUUCCUGCCUGGAGCAUGGCAUCCAAAUAUUGUCCUUCAUGCCAUAGCACUUGGAGUUGAUGUCUUUGACUCUAGUCUUCCCCUUUUGGUGACAGAGAGGGAUUCUGCUCUCAUUUUCCCCCUUCCUUGCCCUUCUGCUGUAUCAAGUACAGAAAGUGACAAAGGUACAAGUAUGGAGGAUGGAAUUACAACUAAGCAGCCCUUAGUCCUCUGCUUAUCUGACAGACACAACCUAGAACACCAUUCCAAGUUCUUUUCCAUCGUGCGGUCAUUGGUGGCCAACAAACCUGAGAGACUGCACGAUCUCCUUCAGUCUUUCCCACAGCCAAAGAGGGCAGAAGAGGAUUUUCCAUUCCUUCUUGUAACCAGCAAGCAAUCUUGAGUUGCAGACAGUUGUUGGUAUUGUCCUUGGACCUGAUUUUCUUGUUCUUUAUUCAUUUUUCAAAACAAAGCAAUAGAACACACAAAUUCA